UCUCCCUUCUCUUCCUCCCUCCCUCCUUCCCUCCCUCUCCCUCUCUCUCUUUCCUCUCCCUUUCCCUCUCCUUCUUCCCCUCUUCUGUCUCUUAGCUUCCUAACAUUAAAGAGAAAAUGCUGCUAUCAGUGACUUCCAGGCCUGGGAUUUCGACUUUUGGCUAUAACAAGAACAACAAGAAGCCAUAUGUGUCAUUGUCUCAGCCAAUGGCACCACCUAGUCCAAGCAACAGUACCCCUAACAGCAGCAGUGGGAGCACUGUAAAUGACCAGCUGAGUAAAACCAACCUCUACAUCCGGGGAUUGCAGCCAAGCACUACCGACCAGGACCUAGUCAAGUUGUGUCAGUCAUAUGGCAAGAUUGUCUCCACUAAGGCCAUACUGGACAAGACCACAAACAAAUGCAAAGGCUAUGGCUUUGUGGACUUUGACAGUCCUUCAGCAGCACAGAAAGCUGUAACAGCACUGAAAGCCAGUGGUGUGCAAGCACAGAUGGCAAAGCAACAGGAGCAGGACCCCACAAAUUUAUACAUCUCAAACCUCCCGCUGUCAAUGGAUGAGCAAGAACUGGAGGGAAUGCUGAAGCCCUUUGGCCAGGUUAUUUCCACUAGAAUCCUUCGAGACACCAGUGGGACCAGCAGAGGGGUUGGCUUUGCCAGGAUGGAGUCCACAGAGAAGUGUGAAGCCAUCAUCACCCACUUUAAUGGAAAAUAUAUUAAGACACCCCCUGGAGUACCAGCCCCAUCUGAUCCCUUGCUUUGCAAAUUUGCUGAUGGGGGUCCAAAGAAACGACAGAACCAAGGAAAAUUUGUGCAAAAUGGACGGGCCUGGCCAAGGAAUGGAGGAGACAUGGGUGGUAUGGCCUUGACCUAUGACCCCACCACAGCUCUUCAGAAUGGGUUUUACCCAGCUCCUUAUAACAUCACCCCCAACAGGAUGCUUGCUCAGUCUGCACUGUCCCCCUAUCUUCCAUCUCCUGUGUCUUCAUAUCAGAGAGUAACUCAGACAUCUCCUCUACAAGUACCUAACCUGUCUUGGAUGCACCACCAGUCAUACCUCAUGCAGCCUUCAGGUUCAGUUCUGACACCAGGAAUGGAUCAUCCUAUUUCUCUCCAGCCUGCCUCCAUGAUGGGACCUCUUACCCAGCAACUGGGCCACCUCUCGCUCAGCAGCACGGGCACAUAUAUGCCAACAGCUGCAGCUAUGCAAGGAGCAUACAUCUCCCAGUACACCCCUGUGCCUUCUUCCAGUGUUUCAGUUGAGGAGAGCGGCAGCCAGCAAAAUCAAGUGACGGUGGAUGCUCCCUCAGACCAUGGGGUGUAUUCUUUCCAGUUCAACAAGUAACAGUGGAUUUCCCUCCCCAUCUUUGUUGAGUAUAAAUGAAUUCUUGGAGAUGCUGAUGCUCCAGACUCCAGAGGGCUGACCAGGAAUACAGCCCCUCUGUGGGCCCCGCUGGGGACUAACACUUGGUCAUCGGUUUUCACAGGCCUGGGCCUGGAAAAAGAAGUCUGCACUCCCGCCCUUCGCUCUUCCUCCACUCCUGGUGGAGCCUGGAGGGACUGUCACUUUUUGUGUGUGCUACAGUCAAGGAGACCAAAAAGACUUCUUUUAUUUUGUGAAGAAAGUUUUAUGUUUUGUUUUAAACUGCAAUAUAUUCUUUCCCUACCCCAAAGAGACACGGUGCCUGGAGCUUGUUCUCAUCUUUAUGGAAAACAGUUUUUGAUGUGUUGGACUUACUUGGGAAGGCUUUUUAAACGAAUUAUUUCCUUAAAAGAAAAAGGUGUGGUGCUAGAACACUGAUGGAGUCCUACUGUGGGCCCUACUUACUGAGUUGAGUUAUGGACCUUUUGGCAGGGGUGUAAGAAAAUAUGCAGACUUUUAAAGUUUUGUUUAUAAAGCUCUUAGAUCACACAUCCCAUCUCUUCUUCACAUACAUUUUAUGCCUUCUUUCUCUCAUCCAGAGUGUUCUUUUUCUCUUUUCCAUACAGCAGAACCUGCCUACUUGGCCUCUUUAGAGUUUUUAAUUUUGUGAAUUUCUCUUUUGAAUGAAAUUUCAUAUGGAAUUUUGGGGGGCUGGGCAAGGAACAAGGUAGAACACUAAGCAGGCAGUGAAGUGGCUUUUCCUUCCUCUGCCCUGUCACAUCCUAGGAGGAAAGACUAGACUUUGCCCUCCGGAAGCAGAGAUGUGACCUAGGCUCACUAAGGAGACAAUCCCACAGCCUUAGGAAGCCAUCCUUGAUCCAAAUUUGGAUGAAGACUAGGUUUUCCCUGGUGAGUUCCAGAGGAGUGGACCUACUGACUUCUGACUAACUCUUCUCACUGCCGUAGGCCAACACCACACCCUCUGAGAAAAUGUCUUCCCUUGCUACAGCUUUUCAGGAAUACCUGCUUUUCUGCUUCCUGGAGGAUCUUUUCUGCCCUGGGUCUCAGGGCCCCUCUCUUCCCUAUCUCACAUCGUUGCUGUGCUCAGGGCCUUUGCAUUUGUGACCUUGCUGAAUCCAUUUAGGUUCCUUCCCCACCACGGACAAUCAGCUGCUUUACCUCUAGACCAGCGAUUCUCAAAGAGGUGGUUUUGUUGCCUAGAGGCCAUUUGGCAAUUUCUGGAGACAUUUUUGGUUGUCCUGCCUCAGGGUGGGGCUGCGUGCUACUGGCAGCUAGUGGCUGGAGACCAGGGAUUCUGCUAAACACCCUGCAGGGCGCAGCAGAGCCCCAACUCCCCCAGCAGAGAAUUGUCUGGCUGAAAAUGUCAGUAGCACCAAGGUUAGGAGACCUUGAUGUAGACAGUGUCAUCUCUGCCUCCUGUACCAGAGGACUUGGCAAAUUCUCAUCCCCACCCUGGACACACGGUGCCUUUUGACAUUCAGGCAGCUAGCUGAGAGGGAAAGAACUGAGGUUCUUGAAUUUUCCCCAGGCUUUGACCUUUGGCACAUCUGUGUACAGCAAGAGCUGUCCUUGAAAGGCUUGUGCCAUGUGCACACACACAUUCAGAGGGAUAGAGGUGGGGACUGUUCUGUGUGUGUGUGCUGUAAAGGGGUGAGAGAGGACAAAGCUCUUUGUAACUGUCCAGAGCAACCUGCCCUAGUGUGUUUGGGCCCCUUUUCCAGGGAACCAGGACAUCAAAAAUAAUCUUCCUGCUUGUGGAAGGACAGCAGGGAGCUGGGAUAGAAAAGGGCCUUAAACCCCAUCUCACUAUUUACAAGGUCAGGAGUCCUUCAAGAAAA